AUGCGCAUACACAUACAUACUCGCAUACAUACAUACAUACAUAUAUACGUACGUACAUACACUCAUAUUCGUACAGCUGAGGAUAGAAGGAGUGGGCAUAGUUAUGGACGGCUACAUAACGACAAUUUGGAUUAUCUUUUGCAGUUGGUAGUUCUAAUAUUCCCAUUUCUGGAAGACUUUUUUACAGAUGAUAUGAUGUUUUUCUUGAAAUAUUAUGAUGCCGAUGAGAAGGCAACAUUUUUCUGCGGGCAUGUUAUGAUCAAUUAUAAAUCGACCAUUCGAAGUUAUCUGCCACAGAUACUGCAGAAAGCUCGUCUGCCGUUGGAUACGGAACUGAAAUUUUAUGAGGAGAUAGCGCCAGAGCGAAUGCGUCCUCUGUGCGUUGAUGAUAUUAUAUCGCAGGACCAUACGGUUGUGGAUUUGGUGGACGGUGCAUUGCUUGUGUUUGAGCGAGCCGACAAAUCCACCACUGAGAAUAAUGCCCAUCUUUACUAUACGACAAAAUACAAUACAAUGCUUGUUGAAGCACUGCAGAAUCCGGAAGGUUUUGGCACACCACUUAUUGAGCAAUUUGACCCAGUAAUGGGUGAAAUAAGCCAGACAUGGACAAUGGGACAACUAAUGCAGUGGAUUGCUGCUGGUAUUGGAUGUUCAGCCGAUCAUAUCCUCUUAUGGAAA